AUGCAGGGUAAACCGGUUGCUCUGAGCCGGGGUGCCACAUGGGCGGACGGCCGUCGAUCUGCGGCGGCGGCCCUCGUGACGUGGUGGCCCUCCGUCUCGCGAGGAACACGCGCAGCGUGGGGGCAGCUCGGCCACGAAGAUGUGGAUCUCGACGAGGCGCCGUCGGGUUCCUGGCGGCAGGCGGGCGACACGGUCGUCGGCGUGCACAGCGAAUCCAGUCCCAACCCCCUCCGCCGAGCCGAACACAGAAUCGGCGGCGCGCUCUCGGAUGGCAGAGCGAGGGCCGGGAGGAGGCCCAGGCGGCGGCGACCGGGGGAGACCCUCGACCAUCAACAGCCACGCCCCUCCUCCUCCUCUCUCAAGAUCCCCUCUCCGAGCCAUACGAAUCCUUGCUCCACCAUCGCCCGAAUCCCCCAUCCGAGCCAUCUGAAUGCUUGCCGCACCGUCGCCCAUACGACGAACUGCGGCUCCAAGCGCGCGCGUACCGCGUCUAACCGCAACCCGCUGCCCCAUGAUCCCGACGAUGAUGCUCAUAACUGCAGGGACUGGGCGAGUCUCGGGGAAGGUCCGGCGGGGCUCAUCGCCGAGCGCGUCCUCGCCAACGACGUGGCCGACUACGUCCGAUUCCGCGCCGUGUGCGGCCCGUGGCGGCGGUGCUGCACCGACCCGCGCGGGCACAGCGCUCUGGACCGCCGGUUCCACCCCAGGCGGUGGGCCAUGCUCCGGGAGAAGCUCGCCUCCCCCCACGCCCGCCGCUUCCUCAACGUCUCCACCGGCGAGUGCAUAGAAACGGAAAUCUUGGAGCUCCGCGAGCAUGACGAGCUCGGGGUCACCCCCGAGGGCCUCAUCAUCUUGCUCCACGGGCGCACCCACGUCCGCCUGCUCAACCCGCUGACGCGCCAGCAGCUCACGGAUCUCCCGCCGUUAACCACGCUGCUGCCUCCAGAGCGCCACUCCGACCUCCUUCCGGACCGUGAUUUUCCUCUCAGAGCGUGGGGCUCCGGCAUUGCCGCAGAUGAUUCCUCGGUCGUGCUUUGUUUCGACUCGCUAUGCAUUGUAGGCAUCGCCAAGCCCGGCGACGAGCGCUGGACAAUGGUCCGGUACAAGAUUUCGGUGCACACAGCACCCUUGAUGUUUGCAGGCCGCUUCUAUUGCACCACAGAAAAUGGCGUCUUGCUGCUAGAGACCAGUGAAGAUGAGCCACCGCGCAUGGAGGUGGCUGCCAGAUUGCGAAAGCCAAUCUCCGCGAUGUUAAAUGAUAGCGCACACCUGGUGAAUAACGACGGGGAACUGAUGCUGGUGCACCGCACGAUUCGGUACCUUAGGAAUAGGUCAAGGAGGAGGACGUAUCACGUUUAUAAGGUGGAUUUGGACACCGGGACUCUAUUCCCGGUCAAGAGCCUGGGCGGCCGAGCAUUGUUCAUGGGCAUGCAUUGCUCUUUUUCGGUUUCCACCAAGAUUUUCCCCUCUAUAAGCGGUGAUACCAUCUACUUGAGCUUUGAUCUCAAGGAGAGAGUCCAUGAUGAAGAAAUAGAGGCCUACCAUCUGCCAAAUGGAAGCACGAAAUCUGCACAUUACAACCUAGACAGCUCCGUGCCGUGGCCUCAUAAAGUAGUGCCGGGGCCUCAUACUCUCAUUGAUUGUUUCUCCUUGUGCAAUACCGUUGAACCAUGUCCAAAACAUGUAGCAUUGGUCAACCUCAGAGCAGCUUGA